UCAGGAAAAGUUGCUCAAUGUUAAUGUUUGACAAGUAGGAAGAAGGGCCUUGGCUGCCAUAUCUCUCCGUCUCAGACAACUCAACCACACUCUUUCAGUUCUCCUUCGACUCAAGAGUCUGUUUUCUGCUUUGUAAAGGGAUCACAUAUUCAAAUCUGAGGGCGAACUAAAGAAAGGUCCCAUGGAGGUGCUGGUGCUGAUCGACUUCGAGGGCACCAUGAGAGACGAGAUCACAAUGAGGACAGGGGAUGUGGUCAAGGAUGUGACCAAGGCCAGCGAGGAGGGAUGGCUGGAGGGGGAGCUGAGGGGAAAGAGAGGCAUCUUCCCUACCAACUUUGUCAAGGAGGUGCCAGUCUAUUUGAUGGGUGACAGCAUGAGGGAACCAAGAAGCCUUAGAAAAACAAAGAGGAUGAGGCAGACGAAGAAAUGUGAGGCAGUGUUUGCCUACAGCCCAAUGAAUGAAGAUGAGCUGGAGCUGGUUGUUGGCGAGACUAUUGAGAUCAUCAAAGAGAUUGAAGAUGGGUGGUGGAUGGGGCUAAAAAAUGGCAAAGUGGGAGCAUUUCCUUCAAAUUUUGUCAAAGAAAUCUUUGUUCCUCCUAAAGACGGCAAGCACAUUGAGGGCAAGUCAAGACCCAAACUCACAGAUGCAGUGUUCAGUAAGGAGACAGCAAGUGUGAGGAACAAAGGAAAACACGUGGCGGAGUGCUGUCAAGCCAUGUUUGACUACAAGUCCAGAGCAGAGGAUGAGUUGGAUCUGAAAAAAGGAGAUGUUGUUGUGGUACUGAGCAAGGAAACAGAAGAUGAAGGCUGGUGGGAGGGAGAGCUGAAUGGACGCUGUGGCUUCUUUCCUGAUAAUUUUGUCAUGGUGAUACCGCCGAUGGACAGUCUGAAAUCUGGAGCAACAAGCAAACCGCCUGCGCGCAGCGUCAACAAGAAACUCUCAGUAAAGACAGCGGCUUCAGCAAUGGAGAAAGGUGGUCCAGCAAAGACAAAAGAUGAUAAACCAGAGGCUAAGGACCUGAAAACCAAUCCUCCAACCAAAGUCAAGCUGCCAUCCGUCAACAAGCCCAGUCCGCCUCCAGUCAAAGACAAACCUAACAAGAUUUUACCCAAUAGAACCAAUGGUGAUCUAGCUCCUCUUUCAUCAAAACAACCGGAGGAGAAAGAGACUGACAAGUUCGAUGGAGUGGACGUGCAGACUGAAAAGCUGAGCCAUCCUACGGCAAACAGAGCCAAACCCCCACAGAGGAGACCACCAUCAGGCCUGGUCACAACAGCGCAAACUCAGAGUGCCACUGACCACACAGAACCAGAAUUAUUGCCAAAAAAGUUCCAACCAGAGAAAUUACCUGGCUUGCAAAAGGGUACAGAAAACCUCCUGCCAUUGCCAUCAAAGCCCGAGCCUCGACCCAAGACGCCACCUCCUACUCGACCAGCACUGCCCAAAGUAGUUGUGGAUGGCAGAACUGUGAGCCAUAAAGAGGAGCCAGCCGUGGAAAACCUACAUAGUGAGAUCAAAGAGCUGAGGAUGGCUCUGGAGCUGCUACAGGCACAACAUGAUCAAGACAUACAGGAAGUGAAAGAAGAACUGAGGAAGGAGAGAAAUAGACGACUGGCACUGCAGGAGGAAGUAAACAGUUUGAGGACGAAGCUGUAAUCCCAAUGUCUGACACUGUGCCACGCAGGCCCUGAAACUGCAAAUUUAAACAAUUUAAAAAAUGUUUCUGACGUGGAGCGAAGAGGGAGAAAGACGAGCGAGUUCUCCCGCUGCAGACACACAAAUGAGGGCUACAUUAGAAAGUACAGUUUGACAUAAAAUCAAGCUACUCCUGCACUGGACUAGACAAACUUGAUCCUUCAAAAGACUUUUAAAUGAUAUACCGUUAAACUUUUUCCAUAUUUGAAUGCUGGAAAUGACAAUUAUUGGUCCUAAGUGGCUCAGCUUGGUAGCAAAUAAUGUUUUACAUUGCUCUAUAUCCACUGUCACCUUUAUCACUUAUCAUAGGCAUUACUGUACUUUUAACUGUAAUGCCUCAGUAGAAUGUGUAAUAUAUUCAGCUGUAAAUAUGAGGAAAUAAUGUGAUGUCUUUUGCAACUAAACUAAAAGAUCAUUUUAAAUCA